CGCAUUUUCACGAGCUCAUUCGGGCCGAAAAAUAGAAAUGUGGCACGAGAAACCACCCAUAACUCUACACAUUCUCAGUUACUCGCUCACAUGCAUAUUCACAUUAUCUCUCCUCCUUCGCAAACGCCAAACAACUAAAUAAUAACCCUUCGCUGGUCACUGCACUCGUAAUAGUCUCUUCAUUUCCCCCAAAACCACUCCCCAAUAUUUGGCGCUUUUUCUCAUUCUUCUUCCUUUCGCUCUCUUCAAUGAAGCGAACGUUCGACGAAAUAUCCGACGAAGAAUGGGAGAAGCACAAAUUCAAACCCUCAAAAGUCCUCAACUCUACUUCUUCAUCUUCUUCCACUAAACCUACAAUCGAAUCCUUCUCUUUCAAGAAUUCUCGAUCAACUCCAAUCGAUCUCACUGAUGAUGGCGACGAAGACUACGUUCCUCCGUCGGAAGGUGAAGACGAUUUGGAGCACCAUGACGACGUUUUGGAGGACGACGAUGCUGAUUUGGUUACUAGCCGUACUUCUAGCCGCGGACGAAGGUUUAUUGUUGAUGAUGAUGAGGAGGAUGAAUACGAGGAGUUGCAGGAAGUUGUUGAAGUGAAAUCAGACAUUGAAGAAGAGGAAGAAAUGGAGAUGUUUGAUUUAACUGAUGACGAUGAUGAUGAAGAUGAAGAAGAAUUUUUGGAGAAGGAAGAGGAGGAUGUGGUUGGGAAAGCGUUGCAGAAAUGUGGUAAAAUUUCUGCUGAGCUUCGAAAGGAGUUGUCUAUGACGGCUACUGAUCGUUAUUCUGAGGUUGAUUCUUCUUCUGUGAGAAUUGUUACUCAGGAUGAUAUCAAUGCAGCACAUGGAGCAGAUAAUUCAGAUUUCCAGCCUUUUCUCAAGCCCUACCAGCUUGUUGGGGUUAACUUUCUUUUGUUGUUGAAUCACAAGAAGAUAGGUGGAGCUAUAUUGGCUGAUGAGAUGGGUUUGGGAAAGACAGUUCAGGCCAUAACAUAUUUGAUGUUGCUGAACCACUUGCAAAAUGAUCCUGGCCCACAUUUAAUUGUAUGUCCGGCUUCUGUCUUAGAGAAUUGGGAAAGAGAACUUGCAAAGUGGUGUCCGACAUUUUCUGUGUUGCAAUUUCAUGGAGCUGGUAGAGCUGCAUAUGCCAAAGAGUUGAGCUCUUUGGCUAAAUCUGGAUUGCCACCUCCAUUUAAUGUUCUACUUGUCUGCUACUCGCUUUUUGAACGGCACAGCGCACAACAGAAAGAUGACCGUAAAAUUCUGAAAAGAUGGAGAUGGAGCUGUGUGCUGAUGGACGAGGCCCAUGCGCUUAAAGAUAAAAACAGCUAUAGAUGGAAAAAUUUGAUGACAGUUGCGAAAAAUGCAAAGCAGCGUUUGAUGCUCACUGGAACUCCACUACAGAAUGAUUUACAUGAGUUGUGGUCAAUGUUGGAGUUCAUGCUACCUGACCUGUUUGCUACAGAGGAUGUAGAUUUGAAAAAGCUGUUGAGUUCUGAUGAUUACGAAUUGAUUGCUCGUAUGAAGUCUAUUUUAGGUCCAUUUAUUUUAAGGCGCUUGAAAUCUGAUGUAAUGCAGCAGCUUGUACAAAAAGAGCAGCGGGUUCAGAUUGUUUGCAUGGGAAAAGAACAUGAUGAUGCUUAUAAAGAAGCCAUUGAAGAGUAUCGUGCGGUGUCACUUGCUCGUGCGCCUAAAAGCAAUGGCCUUGAUUCUAAUACUGUUAUGCAAGUUCUUCCUCGCCGUCAGCUUUCAAAUUAUUUUGUACAAUUUCGCAAGAUUGCAAAUCAUCCUUUACUGGUGAGGCGUAUUUACAAAGAUGCGGAUAUUGUUCGUUUCGCCAAGAAGUUGUACCCAAUGGGCGUGUUUGGUCAUGAAUGUACACUGGACAGAGUAAUAGAUGAAAUGAAGGGUUACAGUGACUUUUCUAUUCAUAGGCUCCUGUAUAACUAUGGUAUCAAGGGAAUCCUUCGGGAUAAACAGGUUGUAAUGUCUGCAAAAUGCCAGGAAUUGACUAGACUUCUCCCUUCCUUGAAAAGAGAUGGCCAUCGUGUUCUUAUUUUUAGCCAGUGGACAUCAAUGCUUGAUAUCUUGGAGUGGGCAUUAGAUGUGAUUGGAGUCACAUACACACGUCUUGAUGGAAGCACACAGGUGACUGAAAGACAAACCAUAGUCGACACGUUCAAUAACGAUACUUCAAUAUUUGCAUGCUUGCUGUCCACUCGAGCUGGAGGUCAAGGUUUGAACCUCACUGGAGCAGAUACUGUCAUCAUUCAUGAUAUGGAUUUUAACCCGCAAAUUGACCGACAAGCUGAAGAUCGCUGUCAUCGUAUCGGCCAGACAAAACCGGUUACCAUUUACAGAUUGGUGACAAAAGAUACCGUAGAUGAAAAUGUUUACCAGAUUGCAAAACGGAAGUUAGUUUUAGAUGCUGCUGUUUUAGAAUCUGAUACAGUGGUGGUGGAUAAUGGUGAGAUGCCUGAGAAGACGAUGGGCGAGAUAUUGUUUGCGAUUUUGCAGGAAAAUAUUUAACCUCUUUAGAAAACAAAAAUUAUCGGUGGUACUAGAAUUGAUAGUUCAAAUUCUUAUUCGUAUUUUCCUUGAUGUAUAAAUGUACUCUUGUAUAAAUAGGCUCAACCAAAUGAAGCUCAUUUAUGCUGUGUAAAAGCCAAAAGGCUUCUCGAGAAGGUAUUUUGGGCGGAAAUAGGGGGUGUUCUCCGAAAGUAGAGGGUCUACGAAUACAUAAUUAUGAACAUGGCACUAUAAUUCAUUAAUAUUUACUGCUUUUGAAAGUUCAAA